AUGAGUUUUGUGGCGCUUAUGGAUGCGAUCAGUACCGGUCUUGACAGCGCAGCGACGUACGACACCAUUAGAACGCAACGCAGUAUUGCGCACACACUGAACAAGAUGGUAGUGUCUGCACUACUACGGCCAUCUCCUAAGAUCUUUUUCCUCUUUGACAAUGCCAUGAUAUUAAACGCUGGUGAGCUCAUGUACCACGGACCAAGCAGCAAGGUAGAGAAACAUUUUGAGUCGUUGGGAUUUAAAUGUCCGUCAGAGCGUGGUCCAGCUGAUUACCUGCUGGACCUGGGCACCCGUUAG